AAUUCGAAAUAUAAUGCGAAACUACAAUCCGCCUGUUUCACUCUUUUACUUUCAGUACUGCCUACUUCGAUGGCUAGUACCACAUAUGUCUUGUCGAUGCCAGCAUCCGCUCCAGGCGAACAGGGAAGGGCAAUUGUUUAUUUCCUACCCAUCGACAAAAAUAUAACAUAUGAUAUCAAAGUGUUCUAUACGCCAGAGCAGGGCAUUACGAAAGAAAGCAGUGUGCAUCUGGAGUCGAACGACAAUGGAACCAUUUGGGUAUAUAAGCGGACUGCUCAAAGAUACGUGAUGUUUGUUAAUGGUACAGGAAAAUUCGUUGUUGUGGCGGCGGUUAACUCGCUUCCUCUCUCUGAUGACGAAUCUGAGCUGCGCACUGACUUCGGUUGCUUCAUGCCAACUCCAAUCCUAAAUCAAAGUAACGGCAUAUUUUCACGAACGAUUACCUUCUGGGUGUUGAGCCGUACAGCCAGACAAAAUAAAUACUGA